UACAUCUACUCUCAACGAAAGCAUUGGUUUAUAUAUGUAGUAUUUUUUAUGCUGAAAUCAAGUAACGAUGUCGUUUCCGCACGGCAUUUUUUUCCCCAGAUUAAAAAUGCGAAAAUUGAAAGAGGGGUUUAUGCAUAAACCCCCGUCUUUUUCCUCCUCCGUCCUCGGUGCUCUUAGAAUCUUUAGAUUUGUUUUGCUGUGACCUUACCGGAGCAGCCCCGAGCCUGAAGAUGGCGACAAAAGGACCUGGGUUGUUCUCUGUCAUUGGCAAGAAAGCCAAAGAUGUACUGAUUAAGGACUACAGCACGGAGCAGAAAGUCACCGUUACUUCUCACAGUGACGCAGGAGUUGAUCUCAACUCAACGGUGGUGAAGAAGGGUGGCCUAUUCUACGGAAAUGUUGCAUCAAAUUACAAGCACAGGAAUGCUACGGUUGAUUUCAAUAUUUACACAGAAUCAGAGGUCUCCACAAGAUUUACCAUCGUUGAUAUCCUGCCAUCUACAAAAACCAUUGCCUCAAUUAAACUCCCUGAUUACAAAUCUGGCAAGCUGGAGCUACAGCAUCUUCACGAGCACACGUCUUUCACUGCCGCUAUUACUCUGAAUCAGUCUCCUGCUAUUGAUUUCUCUGCAACCAUUGGCACCCCAAGCAUUGCCUUUGGCGCAGAAGGUACUUACUUGACAGCUUCUCGGAAAUUCUUGAAAUAUAAUGCUGGUGUAAGCUUGACAAAAUCAGAUUCUUCUGCUUCAGUAAUUCUGGCUGACAAAGGAGACUCACUAAGGGUAUUGUAUUUGCGCCAUCUAAAUUGGCUGAAUGGGGGGGCUGCCGUUGGGGAGGUCACUAGAAAGUUCUCUACGAAUGAGAACACAUUGACAGUUGGAUGCUCGUACGUGGUUGAUUCUAACACAACAGUGAAGACGAAGCUUGACAACAACGGUAAUCUUGGGGCUCUUUUACAGCACAGGGUUACACCGAAGGCCUUCUUGACUGUGUCCGGUGCCUUUGACUCCAAGGCCUUAGAGAAAGAACCCAAAUUUGGGUUGGCAUUCAACCUCAAGCCUUAGCGAUUUUAAUUUUUAAUACAUAAUUUACACAUUUUUUUUUUCAAUUCACAUAUCUUCCCUCAUUUUGCAAGUUCGAUUCUGAAUGAGAAAGUUAGGUAAGUUUGUGUGUUUCCUAUUUGCAUUGUCUUUUCUUCAGUGUUGUUCAAGUUAUUUUCGUGGAGAUUUAUUGAAUAGUCUAUUUCUAUCGUUCUGGGCGGCUGACUCUUGAAACUAUGAUUAUUACUUUGUUGUUGUAAUAUGGAUAAUUCGGAAGGGUAUAAUCUGUUCCCAAAUUAAAACGUUCGAUGAAGAUUGUUAUAUUAUACU